GUCCGCGGAGGUCCCUGAGACCGCGUGGGAAACCCGGGCGCUUCGCUUGGAGACGCCUUCAUGGCUGCUUCCUGGAGGCUUUUUCCGCCUCAGAGCUGUCCGCGGUUUUCCCUCUCUCGCUGCUUUUAGGGAAGACGGGUUGUGCGCUUUAGGCUUAUUCUUGGACGGUCCCCAAAGGUCCCCGAAAGGACCAGGCCCGGACACGUGGGGCCUUGGUUUCCGGUCGGAAGUCCCGGGAGCUGUAAAGUCUGGCCGUGGCCGGCCGGUUUGUGCGUGCUGCGUGUGCGGCCGCGUGGGCUAUGGGGCGGCGGUCGCGGGGCCGGCGGCUCCAGCAACAGCAGCGGCCAGAGGAUGCGGAGGAUGGCGCCGAGGGCGGUGGAAAGCGCGGCGAAGCGGGCUGGGAAGGAGGCUACCCCGAGAUCGUCAAGGAGAACAAGCUGUUCGAGCACUACUACCAGGAGCUCAAGAUCGUGCCCGAGGGCGAAUGGGGCCAGUUCAUGGACGCUCUCAGGGAGCCCCUCCCGGCCACUUUAAGAAUUACUGGUUACAAAAGCCAUGCAAAAGAGAUUCUCCAUUGCUUAAAGAACAAAUAUUUUAAGGAAUUGGAGGACCUGGAGGUGGACGGUCAGAAAGUUGAAGUUCCACAGCCACUGAGUUGGUAUCCUGAAGAACUUGCCUGGCACACAAAUUUAAGUCGAAAAAUCUUGAGAAAAUCGCCACAGUUGGAAAAGUUUCAUCAGUUUCUAGUUAGUGAAACUGAAUCUGGAAAUAUCAGUCGUCAAGAAGCUGUUAGCAUGAUCCCACCACUACUUCUCAACGUCCGGCCUCAUCAUAAGAUCUUAGAUAUGUGUGCAGCACCUGGCUCAAAGACCACACAGUUAAUUGAAAUGCUACAUGCCGACAUGAAUGUCCCCUUUCCAGAGGGAUUUGUUAUUGCUAAUGAUGUGGACAACAAGCGCUGCUACCUGCUCGUCCAUCAAGCCAAGAGGCUGAGCAGCCCCUGCAUCAUGGUGGUCAACCAUGAUGCCUCCAGCAUACCCAGGCUCCAGAUAGAUGUGGACGGCAGGAAAGAGAUCCUCUUCUAUGAUCGAAUUUUAUGUGAUGUCCCUUGCAGUGGAGACGGCACUAUGAGAAAAAACAUUGAUGUUUGGAAAAAGUGGACCACCUUAAAUAGCUUGCAGCUACAUGGCUUACAGCUGCGGAUUGCAACGCGCGGGGCUGAACAGCUGGCUGAAGGUGGAAGGAUGGUGUAUUCCACAUGUUCACUAAACCCUAUUGAGGAUGAAGCAGUCAUAGCAUCUUUACUGGAAAAAAGUGAAGGUGCUUUGGAGCUCGCUGAUGUGUCUGAUGAACUGCCAGGGCUGAAGUGGAUGCCUGGAAUCACACAGUGGAAGGUAAUGACGAAAGAUGGGCAGUGGUUUACAGACUGGGACACCGUUCCUCACAGCAGACAUACCCAGAUCCGACCCACCAUGUUCCCUCCGAAAGACCCGGAAAAGCUGCAGGCCAUGCACCUGGAGCGAUGCCUUAGGAUAUUACCGCAUCAUCAGAAUACUGGAGGGUUUUUUGUGGCAGUAUUGGUGAAAAAAUCUUCAAUGCCGUGGAAUAAACGUCAGCCAAAGCUGCAGGGUAAAUCUGCAGAGACCAGAGAAAGCACACAGCUGAGCCCUGCAGGUCCCGCAGAAGGGAAACCUGCAGAUCCCUCUAAGCUGGAAAGUCCAUCAUUCACAGGAACUGGUGACACAGAAAUAGCUCAUGCAGCUGAGGAUUUAGAGAAUAAUGGCAAUAAGAAAGAUGGCGUGUGUGGUCCUCCUCCAUCAAAGAAAAUGAAGUUAUUUGGAUUUAAAGAAGACCCAUUUGUAUUUAUUCCUGAAGAUGACCCAUUAUUUCCACCUAUUGAGAAAUUUUAUGCUUUGGCGCCUUCAUUCCCGAGGAUGAAUUUGCUGACUCGGACGACAGAAGGGAAGAAGAGGCAGCUCUACAUGGUUUCUAAGGAGCUGCGGAACGUGCUGCUGAACAACAGCGAGAAGAUGAAGGUUAUUAACACAGGGAUAAAAGUCUGGUGUCGAAAUAACAGUGGGGAAGAGUUUGACUGUGCUUUCCGGCUGGCACAGGAGGGAAUAUAUACGUUGUAUCCAUUUAUUAAUUCAAGAAUAAUUACUGUAUCAAUGGAAGAUGUUAAGAUACUAUUGACCCAGGAAAAUCCCUUUUUUAGAAAACUCAGCAGUGAGACGUACAGUCAAGCGAAGGACCUGGCAAAGGGAAGCGUCGUGCUGAAGUAUGAACCAGAUUCUGCGAAUCCAGACGCUCUGCAGUGCCCCAUCGUCUUAUGUGGAUGGCGGGGAAAGGCCUCCAUUCGAACUUUUGUGCCCAAGAAUGAGCGGCUUCAUUAUCUCAGGAUGAUGGGGCUGGAGGUGUUGGGAGAAAAGAAGAAGGAAGGGGUUAUCCUCACCAAUGAGAGUGCAGCCAGCACUGGACAGCCAGAGAAUGAGGUGCCUGAGGAACAGAGAGCAGGAGAACCCAACAGCCCCGAUGCAGAAGAGGCCAACAGUCCGGACGUGACAGCGGCCUGUGACCCUGCGGGCGUCCCCCCACCCCGGUGAGCAGGCCCAAGGCAGUGGGGACCCACAUCCCUCACACGCAAAACUGGCCUCUUCGUGUCACUGGUGUCUGAAACCGAAUCCAGCACAAGCCUGUGGCCUGUGAAGCGUCUGUUUCUAAUGCCUGCAGACUGGUGGCACGAUAGGAGGCUUCUGAAUGGCCAGGACUGCUUUCUUGUGGAGCGGAUGAAAACAUAUUCUUUUAGCGUGUUAGAAAUCACUCGUUUUACUUUGUUUCUUUGGCCAAGCUGGGUCUAGUCUUUCUGUUGCUGGGAAUAGACAUUCAGAAGUCGUACUUCUAUCAAGAAACAGAACUCCCCUUGCGGAAAUUUCAGGUCUCUUGUUAAGCCUGUAUUGGUCUUAAGGUCCAGUAUUUUUUUAAUUAUUACUUAUAGAAAGAAUCUAUAAAUUCCUGGGGAAGUGUGUUAUAAGCUUUAAUAAUUACAUUGAGUUGCACAUUAGUGGUGUGACAUUAACAUGCGGUGGGGUUAAUAUCUGAGGCCUCAGAUGACUGUGCCUUUUGGAAUAAAGGGUAAAAUAAACUCCAGAGUAAGAGCUGUAUUGUGAAUUGUCAUACUUAUUAUUGAGGGGGACUUAUGUGCUUUUAUUGAAUGGAGUGCUUUACAAUUUUUAUUUUUAAAUGGGGUUGGGAUCCUUGAAAUAUUUAAAUAAAGUCAUUAAUGAUAAAAUAUA